UAUUGGUUGGUUCUCAUGAUUGAACUCGAGCUGCAGAUGAGCAAGGAAGCUGUGCGAGUCUCCCGGCGGUAAACAAGGUUGGCUCAAGAUUUCGGCUCAAGCCAUUUUGGCUCAAGCCAUUUUGGCUCAAGCUCUCGUCUCAAGAACGUCUCUGCCUGGGUAACCUCCAGACGUUCUAGCGGGCCACUGCCUCGGGGAGUGAGACUGGACGAAGGGCCGCGAGGCCUGGGCGAUCCUGGGAUCCCCCGAGGCCUUUUGUCUGCAUACAUUACCUCUCUGUGUAUUGUACGCUGAAUUGAAUUGGAUUGUUGAUUGUGAUUGCCUCGCGUGGUCAUUUUGAUUGUUGAUUGUGAUUGCCUCGAGUGGUCAUUCAGUGCAUCCUUAUUCAGUGCAUAGUCAUUCAGUUUGAUCGUUGCCUUUGAUUAUUGCUUGUGAUUCGGUAGUGUGCCUUCUGUCCAUAGUCAUGGUGCAUGUUCGGAGUUGGCAGGCGCGGAUCGCUCGUCGUGCACGCGCAGUGGAACAGAAAGUUGUUGCUCCCACGCGGUAUCCCAUCUCGUUGCAAAGCUUGGUCCCCAUGUCGCACACGACAGAUGUGCUGCUGGAGUACUUCACCACCCCCGUGGAGCCCGUGCCAAUUCUUGCCGAAGUCCCUGGAGACACAUUGCAGCCAGCAUGUGUUUCUAUGGUUCUUUCGAGAACAAGUGCGGAAGUGGGUACUUCUACGGAUUCUUCAAUAGAUUCCCCACCAGUUUCUUCAAUGGAUCUUUCUCCCACAGGUGCGGAAGUGGACACAGUCACGGAUUCCCCAACCGCAUUGGCCUUUUCUACCCCCCAUUUGCCGCUAAAGGAGAGAAAACAUGUUGACAUGAGAACUCAGACGGAUUUGCACAGUCAUGUUGACACCAGCACUCGGACGGACAGUGUUUGCACCUACCCGCCACUUUCCGAGGCCAGCAUUUCUCUUACUGAUGCUGUGGACCUUCAUUGUGAAGUCGGCUGUCAGACAGAGAGUGUUUCUGGGAUGGAGGGAGGAGCUUCAGGAACUGUUCUUGGGAAAGUGACAGAGGAGGCGCGGGAGGAGUUGGAGGCGGUUUCGAGAGCGGAGUUUUCUUCGACACCGAACGUGCAGGCAUAUUCUGAUGUCACGCUCAAUGAGGUAUCGAAUCCUGGUUCUGAUGCGUCUGUCCAUGUCGCUUCUCCGGAGUCGCGCCAGAGGACUCGAGGGAGAGAUCGUGACAAGGUCAAGGGGACAUCGACGUGCUCUCAGGCCACCAUUGCCGAUGUGAAAGCGUGGAUUGACGCUGUUGCCAGCAUCAACGAGUUGAAUGCGAUCCAGUAUUUAAAGAAUGGAAUGGAUUUGUUUGAUAAGCUGGUGACAGAACGUGGGUUCCCUACAAAGAGGGCCCAAACAGAUUAUGCUCGGAAGCUGUAUGAGAUGCUCCAGAAUUUGCAAGCGACGCUGGAGGAUCUUCUAGGAUUCUUCGAGGUGCACAGGUACUUGACAGGACAAAUGAACCGCGCCGAGACUGCCAAGCUUCUUGAGGUUUCCGAGUGCAGCGAUUACCGAAUACUAUUCUUCGGACGCCCGAGGAGUUUCGACAAGUGAAACUCUACGAGUUUCGACGUGCGUGGUUCCUCCGAGGCCUUUUGUCUGCAUACAUUACCUCUCUGUGUAUUGUACGCUGAAUUGUAUUGGAUUGUUGAUUGUGAUUGCCUCGCGUGGUCUUUUUGAUUGUUGAUUGUGAUUGCCUCGUGUGGUCAUUCAGUGCAUCCUUAUUCAGUGCAUAGUCUUUCAGUUUGUUCGUUGCCUUUGUUUAUUGCUUGUGAUUCGGUAGUGUGCCUUUCGGUCCAUAGGCAUGGUGCGUAUGCAUUUGUUUGUGCUCUAAUAAUUCAGUGUGUGCAUGUUCAGUUCUUGGCCAGGUCUCCUGGCUCUCAUGUCGUAGUAUUAGUUUCGCCUCAUCAGUGUUCUCACUGUUGUAGGGUUGUCUGUAGUAUUAGUUUCGCCUCAUCAGUGUUCUCACUGUUGCAGUGCCCACAGGUCGUUCGAUUCGCCUGAGACUUGUUGGACCUGGCCUCAGUGGCCAAGAUGGUCCCAGCAAAGACGCAACAAAAACCAAGGUUGACGGUACCGCCGGCGCCCAGUGCCUCUUUGAUCUCCGGGAUUUGGACGCUACCAAGUGCUCUCCAGGUUUUGGGCGCUACCAAGUACCCCGUAGAGCUCUGAUGGUAACAGAGCUAGAGGAAUUCGGAGACAGAGUGAAGCUAGUUGGCGAAAUUUCGAAAGGGGACGCGAUCA